AUGUCGAAUUUCCGGAUGUUGGCUGGGAGCUACAAUCAAGGGAGCGGGGGUGGAGGAAGCCACCGAGGUGGUCACAGCGGAGCUGGAGGAAGCCGUGGUGGAGGAAGCGGAGGUGCGGAACGAAGAGUUGGAAAAGCUGGAGGCUCUUCCGGAGGAGGUUCUUCUGGGGGCGGUGGAUUCAGAGGCUCUUCCAGAGGAAGGUUCGGUGGUCCAUCUUCAGUUGUUGAAAGAAAGUUCAAAAUAAAGUAUAACCCUGUCGAGUUGACAAUGUCAAAUUUCCGUAUGUCGGCCGAGAGUCGCAAUCAAGGAAGAGGGGGUGGAGGAAGCCACCGAGGUGGUCGUAGCGGAGCUGGAGGAAGCCGUGGUGGAGGAAGCGGAGGUGCGGAACGCAGAGGGGGAAAUACUGGAGGCUCUUCCGGAGGAGGUUCUUCUGGGGGCGGUGUAUCCAGAGGCUCUUCCGGAGGAGGCUUCGGGGGUCCAUCAGGCGGCGCUCACGGAAGUAGAGGUGGUGGCGGCGGCGCUCACGGAAGUGGAGGUGGUGGCGGCGGCGGCGCUGGACGUGAUUGGAUGUGUCGAAAUUGUACAGCUUACAAUUUUGGUGGCCGCCCAUUCUGCAUUCGCUGUUAUCGGAUGAAAAAUUAUCUUUCGCCAGAUAAAAAGGCGGAAGAUAUGGAAGUAGACAAAACACCCCCUCCGCAGGGGCCAAGAUGCCUUCUCUGUCUUUGUCUCCCCGGCUGCACCUGCGGAUGCCACCCCUGA